GCCGAGGAGGAGGAGGAGGAGGCAGCGGCAGCGGCAGCGCUGAGGAGGAGGAGGAGGAGGCGGCAGCGAUGCCGGCGGCGGCCGGGGGGCUGCUGUGGUGGAGCUGCUGCGUGCUGGCAGCCGCGGCCGCCGGAGCCCCGCGGGUCGCCGCGGCGGGGCAGGCAGUGUGUGCCGGCACCGAGAACAAGCUGAGCUCCCUCUCUGACCUGGAGCAGCAGUAUCGGGCCCUGCGCAAGUACUAUGAGAACUGCGAGGUAGUUAUGGGCAACCUGGAAAUCACCAGCAUUGAGCACAACCGAGACCUCUCCUUCCUGCGGUCUAUCCGAGAAGUCACCGGCUACGUUUUGGUGGCUUUGAAUCAGUUUGAAUACCUGCCACUGGAGAACCUGCGCAUCGUUCGUGGGACGAAACUCUAUGAAGAGCGAUAUGCUUUGGCGAUAUUUCUUAACUACAGAAAGGACGGUAACUUUGGACUCAGGGAACUUGGCUUGAAGAACUUGACAGAAAUACUGAAUGGAGGGGUGUACGUCGGCCAGAACAAAUUUCUUUGCUUCGCAGACACCAUUCAUUGGCAGGAUAUCGUGCGUAACCCCUGGGCCUCCAACUUCACUUUGGUUCCAACGAACGGCAGCUCAGGGUGUGGUCGCUGCCACAAGUCCUGCACAGGCCGGUGCUGGGGACCCACAGAAAAUCACUGCCAGACCUUGACGAAGACCGUGUGUGCGGAGCAGUGUGAUGGACGGUGCUACGGGCCCUACGUCAGCGACUGCUGCCACCGGGAAUGCGCCGGAGGCUGUUCUGGACCUAAAGACACCGAUUGCUUUGCCUGCAUGAAUUUCAAUGACAGUGGUGCGUGUGUCACGCAGUGCCCCCAGACUUUCGUGUACAACCCUACCACCUUCCAGCUGGAGCACAACCACAAUGCCAAGUACACCUAUGGGGCUUUUUGCGUCAAAAAGUGCCCACACAACUUUGUGGUAGAUUCCAGCUCCUGUGUCCGUGCGUGUCCAAGCUCCAAGAUGGAGGUUGAAGAAAAUGGCAUUAAGAUGUGCAAGCCCUGCACUGACAUUUGCCCUAAAGCGUGUGAUGGCAUUGGAACGGGGAGUUUAGUGUCAGCUCAGACGGUGGAUUCCAGCAACAUUGACAAGUUCGUCAACUGUACCAAGAUCAAUGGAAACCUCAUCUUCCUUGUUACUGGGAUUCAUGGCGACCCGUAUCACACAAUUGCCGCCAUCAACCCAGAGAAGCUAAAUAUCUUCCAAACAGUGAGAGAGAUUACAGGGUAUUUGAACAUACAGUCAUGGCCUGAGAAUAUGACAGAUUUCAGGGUGUUUUCUAACUUGGUGACUAUCGGUGGAAGAGCUCUCUAUAGUGGCCUUUCCUUACUCAUCCUAAAGCAACAAGGCAUUACCUCUCUGCAGUUUCAGUCCUUGAAGCAGAUCAGCGCCGGCAACAUCUACAUCACAGACAACAGCAAUUUGUGCUACUACCACACCGUCAACUGGACGAGCCUCUUCAGCACUCCCAGCCAAAAGACAGUGAUUCACCGGAAUAAAAAGGCGGAGAACUGCACCGCCGAUGGAAUGGUGUGCAAUGAGUUAUGCUCAAGUGAUGGCUGUUGGGGCCCAGGGCCAGACCAGUGUCUCUCCUGCAAGCGCUUUAUCAGGGGAAGGACCUGCAUCGACUCUUGUAACCUGUAUGAUGGGGAAUUCCGGGAAUUUGCCAAUGGUUCUGUCUGCGUGGAGUGUGAUCCGCAGUGUGAGAAGAUGGAAGAGAACAUGAUCACCUGCUACGGGCCGGGACCUGACCACUGCACAAAGUGUUUCCAUUUUAAGGAUGGUCCCAACUGUGUGGAAAAAUGUCCUGAUGGCUUACAGGGCGCCAACAGCUUCAUUUUCAAGUACGCCGAUGAGGACCGUGAGUGCCAUCCGUGUCAUCCUAACUGUACUCAAGGGUGUAGAGGUCCCGCUAGUCAUGACUGCAUUUACUAUCCAUGGACACGCCAGUCCGCUUUACCACAACAUGCUAGAACCCCUCUGAUUGCCGCGGGAGUUAUUGGUGGCCUCUUCAUCAUCGUCAUUGUGGGUCUGACGUUUGCCGUGUACGUUCGGCGCAAAAGCAUUAAGAAGAAGAGAGCUUUGCGGAGAUUCCUGGAAACUGAGCUUGUGGAACCCUUGACUCCAAGCGGCACAGCUCCCAACCAGGCACAGCUUCGUAUUCUAAAGGAAACCGAGCUGAAGCGAGUCAAGGUUCUUGGCUCUGGAGCCUUUGGAACUGUAUAUAAGGGUAUUUGGGUCCCUGAGGGAGAGACAGUAAAGAUUCCUGUGGCCAUCAAGAUCCUGAAUGAGACCACUGGUCCGAAAGCCAAUGUGGAGUUUAUGGAUGAAGCCCUGAUCAUGGCCAGCAUGGACCACCCGCACCUGGUGAGACUCCUGGGAGUCUGCCUGAGCCCCACCAUUCAGCUCGUCACCCAGCUGAUGCCUCACGGCUGCCUCUUGGAUUAUGUACAUGAACAUAAGGAUAAUAUCGGCUCCCAGCUUCUGCUGAACUGGUGUGUCCAAAUAGCAAAGGGAAUGAUGUACCUGGAAGAGAGGAGACUUGUCCACCGGGACUUGGCAGCCCGUAACGUCUUAGUGAAAUCACCCAACCAUGUGAAGAUCACUGACUUCGGCUUGGCCAGGCUUUUGGAAGGGGAUGAGAAGGAGUAUAAUGCUGAUGGAGGGAAGAUGCCUAUUAAGUGGAUGGCUCUGGAGUGCAUACACUACAGGAAGUUUACCCAUCAGAGUGAUGUUUGGAGCUAUGGAGUCACUAUCUGGGAGCUUAUGACCUUUGGUGGGAAACCGUACGAUGGAAUCCCGACUCGAGAGAUCCCCGACCUCCUGGAGAAGGGCGAGAGGUUGCCCCAGCCUCCAAUCUGCACGAUUGAUGUUUAUAUGGUGAUGGUCAAGUGCUGGAUGAUCGAUGCUGACAGUCGGCCGAAAUUCAAGGAGCUGGCUGCUGAAUUCUCUAGAAUGGCUCGAGACCCUCAGCGAUACCUAGUAAUUCAGGGAGAUGAUCGUAUGAAGCUCCCAAGCCCAAAUGACAGCAAGUUCUUCCAAAACCUUCUCGAUGAGGAAGACCUGGAAGAUAUGAUGGAUGCUGAAGAGUAUCUUGUUCCUCAAGCUUUCAACAUCCCGCCUCCCAUCUACACCUCCAGGACAAGAAUUGAUUCCAACAGGAGUGAAAUUGGACACAGCCCUCCUCCUGCCUACACCCCUAUGUCAGGAAACCAGUUUGUGUACAGAGACGGCGGCUACGCUGCAGAAGUGCCGAUGCCGUACAGAGCUCCUGGCUGCAUCAUACCAGAAGCCCCAGUUGCUCAAGGGGCCACGGCGGAGAUCUUUGAAGAUACUUGCUGCAAUGGCACCCUACGAAAGCAAGUGGCAACCUUGGCAAAAGAGGACAGCAGCACCCAGAGGUACAGCGCUGAUCCCACCAUCUUCAUCCCCGAGAGGGUCGUCCGAGGGGAGUUGGAUGAGGAUGGGUACAUGACGCCAAUGCGCGACAAACCUAAAACAGAUUACCUAAACCCAGUGGAAGAGAACCCAUUUGUUUCUCGACGGAAGAACGGAGAUCUCCAAGCUGUGGACAACCCUGAGUAUCACAACGCUCCGAAUGGGCAGCCCAAAGCAGAGGAUGAGUACGUGAAUGAGCCAUUGUACCUCAACACUUUUGCAAACACCUUGGAAAACGCCGGGUACCUGAAGAACAAUUUGCCGGAGAAAGCCAAGAAGGCCUUUGACAACCCAGACUACUGGAACCACAGCCUGCCCCCGCGGAGCACCUUCCAGCACCCGGACUACCUGCAAGAGUACAGCACAAAAUACUUUUACAAACAGAAUGGACGGAUCCAGCCCAUUGUGGCAGAGAAUCCUGAAUACCUCUCCGAGUUCUCCCUGAAGCCUGGCACUGUGCUGCCCCCGCCGCCCUACAGACACCGAAACACAGUGGUGUAGCGACCGCGGUCUCUGGAAGUGGAAAGGCAACCCCUUCUAGCUGCCUCACUCCUUCUCUCUUGCUCUCCUCUCUCUCCCCGUCCCCCUUCCCUCCCUUUCUUUCUCCCAUGAGCUUCCUCUUCUUGCCAGUUCACUCGUUUUUGAUGUUUCCAAGUGAAAGAAUGUCUUGGAGUCAUUUGCAGAUUGGGUUGGGAACCUGGAAGGAAGGAAAGAGACUGAAAGAAGGCGUGUACAGCCUGAUGUUUCUCGCUUUCUGCAGAUCCAGAGGGUUGGAUGGUCCAAGAAGCCAGACCAGUAAAGGCCGGUAGCAGCGUUGCCUGCUGCCGAGCUAGUUCUCAGUGAUUCAACCCAGCCACGGAGAGGCUGUUCUUUCAGGAGGAACUGUUGAAAGUCUGUACAGCAUUCCUGGAAAUCUCAUUGCAGUUUCCAUUAGGGGGAAAAAAAUGGACAAUUUUUAUAUCAUGUGUGAUAGCAUAGUAAUUGAGAUUGAGAAUCCAAUUUCUUUCUCUAACACUUUCUAUCCCAGCAACUGAAAAUGGCUAACCUGGCUUUUCAUAAUCGUUCAGAUCUUCAUCGUGGCUUUCCAAGAAAUGAUGAUGUGACUCUUAAUAGACGGCGAAACCCUUUUUCUGAGCCACACCAUGAUUUUGUGCCAAUUCCUGACCACAGAGACUCCAGCUCAGACCCAGUUCACCACACGACCAUUUUUAUAUAUAUCCCAACAUGACAAACACAAAAAAACUCUUUCAGAAGAGAGUGACAAACCCAGUCCUCCAACAGGUUCUUUUUGAAGCCAGAAGACAGGCCAAGAAACCAAGAUUUUUACGCAAAAAGCUUUGCUUUCCUCUUUUAUACCUGCUGAUACAUACCAAGACCCAAUCUUCCUUGUUUUUCUUCUUCAUGCUCAUGGGAGGGAGUCAGGGAUGCUGUCAGGCAACACGGAGGACGAGCUGGAGAACUGGAGAGUUGGGUCAUGAAGCUGGGUGUUCUGUGGGGUGGUGGUGGGAAGGGUCCUUUACACCAGAAGACAGACACUGGACUGGAGAAAACGCACAUAGCAGUUCACUGGAAAGUUAGUUUGCACUUAAGCUCCGAUUUUAUUUGAACUGUUUUCUGGAUUUUUGAAUGAAGCAAUAUGGAAGCGACCAGCAAAAUACAAAAUAAUAAUUUUAAGUUAAAAAAUAAUGAAUUAUAUGUAAAGAAUGACUGUGGAAAUGCCAAAAUGAAGCCAAUUGAGUCUUUGGAACAAUGUCUACCAGUUCUGAGAGGCCAUUGCCAUUGCAUUGACUGCUUCAGAGAAUACAGUGACAGAGCAACCAGCUCUUAACAGGCAGCAGAGCAAGCCCUGAAAGGGUUUGGAGGAGACAAAUGCCGUGCUCUGGCUUGCGCCACAGGACGGAAUACAUUUUUUUAUCUAAAAGGAGGAUUACUCUGGCACAGAAGACGGUGCAUAUGAGGUUUGAGAAGUCCAAAACGUGCAUGACUCGCAGAGCUUUCCGCCUAAACUGUAAAUAAGUAUGAGUCAGUCUCCCUGCACUUAGUUCUGCUUUCAUCCACCUCGGUUUUUAGGUAGAAAACACCUCCCCACACACUCCCCCCAGCCUGCUCCUCCUCUUUGGAAAUAUCUUUCAGCCAGAGUUCUGGACGUUUUUAGCAACCUGAGGCAGAUGGAGCUGGGAAGGGAGGCGUAAGGGCCAGAGACGCCGGUGGCUUGCUCCUGACGUGCCAAAAGCCGUGGGCGUACCUAGUUCCCACCAAAAAUCCUAAGGAACUCUUAAGUACCUUUGAAGAUCUGCCUACAUCUCUAUCUAUCAAGGCUUUUAAAGGAGAAGAAACGAUGCCCGGUGGGUGGCAAUCUUAGGUGAUACAACAGUAUUUCAGUUUAUGCGCUUUCAGUACUGUUAAAGUCAAGGUCUUUGGGGGGACGUAACCUGGCAACAAAACCAGCAACAAGCGGUGGUCUGGAAAUGGCAUCAAGCUCCUCCAGAUUUCUGCCAUCUCCACCGCUUGCCGCCUUUAAUUGUAGGGAAGCUGAGGAAGGAGUAAGAGACGAGCAAUAGUUACCCAGAUCUUGGUGGCUGAGGGUCAGCUUUGACAAAGGUAUGAAGGGAUUUCAAACCUGGGCUGGUUGUUAUUGCUUGUAGAGAGGAAACAAAUCCUGUGUGAUCACUAGGUCAAGGUUGGGUCAGCCAACAGCCUGCCCCUGGUGUGUUCAGGCCAGCUUGGAGGGAUAUUCCAGCAGGGCGGAUAUUCAACCCAUAAACGAAGUAAGUAGCUGGAGAGUCUGAAAACAGCAAGAACAGGUACACAUCUUUAAAGCUCUUGAAAGGAGAUGUUGGGUCAGGUGGUACCAAGGUGAGCAGCAGACCACCGACAUGGCAUAGAUGGUUACAAAAGCGUCAUGCGCCCGAGAUGCUGUGCCUCUUCCUGGUGUCCUCCCGUAACUCCUCAUGGUCUUGGCAGGGGAUGGGGGUGCAGAGGGGCAGCAUGCGGUCCUCCAGGUCUCCCCUCCAGCAAAGGUUUGCCCGGGCAGUGCUCACAGGGCGUCAUCUAAGCAGGGACAAAGGGCUGCCGGGUUGGGAUGCUAUCACCGAGCUGCUCGGGGACAAAGACCGGCGCGGGGCUGGGGAUGUCCUGCUUUGGUGCAGAAGCUCUCCAUCGGUCGGUGGAGAAAGGUGUUGAUUUUUCCCUGAACAGAGUAACGGCUGAUGGAGAAAAGAUAAAAUCAAAUCCUGGUACAGCUUGGGUGUUUGAAUUCCAUGAGGUGCACUCCAAGGCUGGUGGGCAGGAGGACGGGCACCUCUGAACCCGGGUGGGAUGCACUGGGAAUGAAAGGUGAGACCCGUGUGUCACGCUGGUAAUUAAGCAGUCGGAACAAGCCCAUGUAAAUAAUUGUGGGUUUUAACAAUUUAACAUUUUAUUUCUUACAAAACUUGAAUUAUUUAUUCAUUUUCAUUGUCGAGUGUGAUAUGUUAUAUUAAAUAGCAUGGAAACGCAGAGGUUCCUUCAAGUGGGGCAGCAUGAGGGCCAGAAUGGGAGCGCUGGGGCGCUGAGAGGUGGCCAGGCUGUGUCUUGAGUAGCUGGGGGCAAAUGAAGGGUUAAUGGACACAGUAAUUCCUGAGGAUGGAAAAGUCUGACCAGACUGCAGCCCCGCAAAUGGGUGGCCUUUCUCCUGAGUUCCUGGUUUGAGUUGCAGAGGCCAGAAAUGGCCCUUGUGUUUCCAUAGGUGACCUUUGUCAGUGCUGAGUGUCUAGUUAACCCCUCCCUUUCCCCUGGUUUGGUGGACGCAGCCCCGAAGCGUGUGCAUGUGUCCUCUGGAAGAGCGGCUCCGCUGAGUUGCUUGGGCAGGUUUGUGUCUCUUUGCCUAAGAAAGGUUGGCCAUGGUGAAAGAACAAGAGCAGAGCUGUUUGGUCGCUUCAGUCGCCGCAGCAGAAAGACCCGUCUGGCUCUCGCUCAGCGCUUUGCUGCUGGCGUUGGGGAGGGACCUUGGGCGAAACCAUGGUGAAUACUGAACUGUUACAGUUAUAUUGUGAAAUCAUUACAAGGGUCAGGCUUUUAAUGAAUGGUCAUAGAAUCAUAGAGUAGUUUGGGUUGGAAGGGACCUUAAAGAUCAUCUAGUUCCAACCCCCCUGCCAUGGGCAGGGACACCUCCCACUGGAUCAGGUUGAUCCAAGCCCCAUCCAACCUGGCCUUGAACCCCUCCAGGGAUGGGGCAGCCACAGCUUCCCUGGGCAACCUGGGCCAGGACCUCCCCACCCUCAGUGUGAAGAAAUUCCUCCUUAUGUCCAGCCUAAUUCUGCCCCUCUCCAGGUUAUCCCCAUUGCCCCUCGUCGUGUCACUCCAGGCCUCUGUAAACAGCCCCUCACCACCUUUCCUGGAGCCCCUUUCCCUACUGGAAGCUGCUCUAAGUUCUCCCCAGAGCCUUCUCUUCUCCAGGCUGAACAACCCCAACUCUCUCAGCCUGUCCUUGGAUGGGAGGUGCUCCAGCCUCACAGAUUUGGGGGAAAAGCAGGUAUUUCCACGCACAAAUUGCAUUUUAUCACCACAAAGCAGGAGGUGAGAGCAGCAGCCGAGGUGUUUUGUCCGGGUGUUAUGAAUCCCUUGGUUGUACAGAGGUGUACGGUAGUUUCGUGGAUCAUAUGCUGAGCCCUCCCAUUCAUGGAUGUUCACCUUUCCCGUAGCCUGUGUGACAGCAGAGCAGGGUCUCACCUUCCAGGAGCAGAUACCGAGUGUGCCGGCCCUUGUCCGAGCACAGAGUGAGGCGCUAAAUGCGAGAGAGCAGCUGCUUGUGUUUUCCUGCUUUUCUUAGAUGUUAUGACCCCCCCUGUGGCUUUUUUUCCAUACAGAGGUGGAUACUGGAGCUGAUUCACUUGCUGUAACAUAAUUGAGUGAAGCCAACUGCUUCCAAGAUUCCUUCUUCAGCACUCUGUAGCCAGGGGGGAUUUCACUGUGGGCUCAGCUGUAGCAAUGUUUACAGUUUGCUUUCAAACCGGUUGGAAGCAAUGGGAAUAAAUCCGAGCGUGUGCCGGCAGCCGGAGCCACCGCCUGGGUCUGCGUCAGGGAGCUGCAGGUUGCGUGUGUCCAUCCUGGUUGUGCCGCUUGGUUGGUAGAAAAUGCAUUUCUUGAGUGCAGGAAUUGAAUGCAAUGAUCUCAGCCCAUGGGUUUCCCGGAUCAACGGGGAAAUACCUUUCCCUUCCCAUCUCACAGCUGGGGAGGAAAAGGCUCUUGUGGUGCUGGGGCAGGGCAGGCUGCACGCGUGCGCCCGUCCCAUAUGUGUUGGCAGCCAGAGUUGAGGGGGAGUCAGAAGGAGCGUUUCCCCACCUCAGCCACCACUAAUCCCGGCCCAGAAGAAAGGAGCAGCAGCCCUGGCUCUCCGUGGAUCCCUUCCUUCGUAGCUGGAGCUGGAGUGGGCAGGAUGGGGGACUGGUAACUUGCUGUGAGGUAAGUCAGCCUAGAAAUAGAGCUUGGGCUUGGAUGGUUUCAUUUGAGGAUGGACCCAUACAGGAAAUUCAGAUAUUAAAGAAAUCCCUUUUUUUUUCCUGCUGAGGAGGCCGCGUGUGUGUCCUGUGUCGUGGUGGCAGCUAAAGGAAUGAGGGAUGGCUAAAGCUAAAGGAAUGAAUGAAUGGGCUCCUUUAUGGCAGCCGGGAGAUGAGGAGGCUCCAGCAGAAGUCAGGAUAAGGCUGUUGAUCACUUAAUUCCCCCAGAUCAUCCCAGUCAGCCUCGCUUCCCUCAGGAGCCCCGGCAUCUCGAUGGGAGGGGCAGCAGCCAUAGAAUCACAGAAUGCCCUGAGCUGUCAAGGACCCACAAGGACCAUUGAGUCCAGCUCCUGUCCCUGCACAGGACAACCCCAACAUUCACACUGUGGGGCUGAGGGCGUUGGCCAGACCCUGCUGGAAUAUUGUCAGGCUGUGCCUGCUUCCCUGGGAACUGUUCCAGGGCUCCACCACGCUCUGGGGGAAGAACCUUCUCCUGAUGGUCAACCUAACCCUCCCCUGGCAUCUCCGUGCCGUUCCCUCGGGUCCAGAGAGAACAGUUCAGUGCCGCCUCCUCCCCGUGUGACAUCUCUCUCCCCUCAGCCGCUGCAGCACCCACGGGCACACGGACACCUGCACCCUUUUAGGGGGAAGCACUGGGAUUAACAUAAGUGCCUCGGGGACUACCAGCUGGGGCACCACAUGCAGGUCAGGACGGAUUUGUCCCUGACUUCGCAUUUACCAGGCUCUCCAGCCCGUUUUUCCAGUCCCAUUUUGGAAUCAUUGAGCUCAGGUAGGAGCUACUGACCUGCUUUGUAGGCUGUUUAGCUUCAAGGUGAGUGGUGGAACAGAGGCGUUGGCAUGAGCCUCCGGUUACCAGCCACAUCUGUGGCUCUUAUAAGCACCACGGGGGGGACAGCCUCACCUCAAAUUCCCUUCAGCAAGUGAUUUUCCCAAGCUGGUGUUCCUUGCAGUGACACAGUGACACUAGUGCUGUCACUUGCAAUAUUGCCAUCCCUGUGGAUCUGGAACAACAGCUCGGCUGUUGUUACAUAAAGUCCUGGAUUUGGGGUGAAAUGGGGUUUUUGUUCUAGGUUGGCUGUAAUAUUCACCCUCCGCAAUAAGCCAGGGGCUGCGGUCGUCCCGCAGGGCAGCGUCGCUCUGUGUAGAUGAGUCCCCCUCUUCCAUUUUCUGACUCUCGGUACAGGCAGAUAGGGUCACUGUUUGGAAUAAACGGCAGAAAUAAAGCUCUGGGGUUAGAAGCACCGCUCAGAAAUGGCCACAAAUCACAUCUUCACCUUUAACUUUACUUGAGCCCAGGGUCACAUCCCCGUACUGGUGUGCGCAUCGGUACCUUGUCCUGCUCGUUGCUCUUGGGGCAUCGGUGAUGGACAAGGCUGCGUCGGCCGUGCCGGAGCUGCUGGUGGGUGAGAUCGAGCGCCAUGGGGGGGGCGCACAGGUGUGUGGGCGGUGGUGGGACUCGCUCACACUGCAGCCGAGUGCAUCUCCCCCUGGCAGAGGCGCCUCCACCCGCUGGCACCUGUGCCAGCGAGCCAGGAAAAGGCCCAAGGGGGGAACCUAGGGCUGUUAUGGGUUAGAAAAUUGGAGUCAGAGCCACUUUGCAUUUUUUAUUCAUUAAUUUUAUGAGAGUGGACCUUGGUGGAGAAGGGUUUUCGGGGCAGAUUCCAGGAGCAGGGUGAGUGAUUGCGUCCCAGUCGCCCUCCCCAAUCAAAAGCCAUGAGCUCAUGCUGCGGCUGCAGUGUGGUGACACUGUGGUGACACCGUGGGGGCAGCUUGGCCGGUGGCUCAGCCCCUGCCCCACCUUUGAGCCCUCGUUGGGAGAGAACACUGUAUUUUCCAGAGCAUCCGAAGACUGCGCCCUUUUGGGAUAACCACAGUAAGAAACUGUGAAUGGUAUUUUAUAACGUGAGUGUAGAUAGGUAACGCCGUUCCUUUGGGGUAAGGUACAACGACAUAUGUAGCAUAAACUGGUACUGCUGUUAAAUGGGUCGAUAUUAACUGAGCAGCUGUGUGGGGGCAGCUAACUCUGAAUGCACAACGCGGAGCCCUCGCAGACGGGGGCUGGGGAGCCUCACGGAGGGGUGACGUCCAAAGGACAAUGCAGGGCAAUGAAAACACAUCUUUUUUUAUAGCAUUUUAAUGUUGGAAAUUGGUGCACAUUCGAUACAUGGUUCAUAAUGGCUUUUAAUCUCUUUUUGUUUGGCCGAGUUUUUGCAAUUUCCCCAACAUCCUCAGCUGGAAUUUCUGAUGAGGCAGCAGCCCGGGCAUAGGGAAGGGAAACUGAGGGGGAAACAAAGUCUCUUUCUAAAACCAGAGGUAGCCAAUAUUUCCGAACCCGGUGGUCUUGAACUGUUGACAUUGUCUUGUCUGGUGAGGCUCACAUUCCCAGGCCCGGAGGAUGGCGUUUCUGUCCCCUUGGAAUCAAAGGCUGAGCCCCAUCUGGGAGGUGCCGCAGGAGCAGCACCGAGGUGCUGUGAGACCCCCCAGCUCCUGCAGGACCAGCAGAGAGCGCAAACCCCUGCUCCUGCAGGAAGACCACAAGUCCUCUGUGAUCCCCCCCUACUCCUGCAGGACCAGCAUGGAGCUUGUCCUACAGGAGCUCCUGUGUCACCUCUCCUCCUGCAGGAGCAGCAUCCAUGUCCUGUGUGACACCCACUCCAGAGGCAUCCCCGUGACCCCCAGCAAGGUGGGUGAGAGGCAGCGAUGGGGAGGGUCAGGGUUUCAGCCAAUUCUCCAAGCGCAAAGAGACAAACCACCUCUACCCCUGCCUUACCAAGUCCCGUCAGGAGCAGAGAAGCGUGGGGCCGUCGGGGCGCUCCCGCCGCGCAGCGAUGCAUUCAGAGUUAGCUGCCUUUCUGAAACAAAAAGAACUACAAAACCUACUGUAUGUUACUUUGAAAAUGUGAAUAGUAUUUUUAUAGCUUGCUGAAGCCACAGCUUAGUUGCAUUUGUAAAUAAGGAUAAUGUUGCUUUUAUUUUCCUUGUGGCCACCAUUCUUUGGAACAUAAUUGUCCUUAGGGUUGAUUUGUAUAUAGGUAAUUUGCUCGUGAUUUCAGCCGCUCCUCCCCUUUUCUUUCUCCCCCUUCCCACCCUCUGCGUUUUUUUGGUUAGAAAGUACCAUUUUUGGCAUUCUGUGUGAUUCUGUGUUCUAGCACUAUUGUGGUGUGUUCCGACUCUGCACUUGCUUACACCGUAGGGUUUGCCAGUUGUGCGUGGCGUAACGUUCCUUUAACCUUUCCUUUCUCAUAUUUUAGCUAGCGAGGAUUCUGCACUGUUACAAUACUGACUUGGGUUAAUAUUAGGUACAUAUUUUAGCACAAUUUCCCUUCUUUUUCAUGGUUUCUUAGUUGGGUUUUUUUCCUUUUCUUUCCUUCCCUCCCCCUUUUUGUCUUGUUUGGAGGCUGGGGAGGAACCUGUGGAGCUCUCUGUGUGGUUCUGUUUCCCCCGCCGCCCCCCGUGCGGUCCCGAGUUUCUCCUCGCGGUCCUUGGGGUAGAGCUUUAUCUGUUUGUUCGGGCAAAUGUAGACUGCGACCCACCUCGCAUCACCCCGCGCUCAUCCCGGCUCAACAAUUUGAAAACUGUUCUGCCUUUUUGUUACAUGAAUCUGUCAGAAAUAUAUUUUUAAUUUAAUAUAAAUGAAAUUCAAUAAAAUAUGAAACAAAGUCUCCACUUGCAGGUGAAA